CCCGACUGACAACUGUUAUAGUAUGUGAUGACCCGCCAUUCACGGUGCUGUGAAAAUGAGAUCUCCUCUUCUGAUGUCCAUCGUGGGCAUGUUUCUCUUAACAACAACACAAUCCCUAAAGAUCUGUGCCUUUAAUGUCCAAAGCUUUGGAGCAGCAAAAGCCAGUAACAAAAGAGUUAUGGGGAUUUUGACAAAGAUAAUUUCUCGCUGUGACCUAAGUUUGAUUCAGGAGGUGCGAGACGCCAAAGGUGUAGCCGUUUCUGCAUUGCUGAAGAACCUAAACAGGUUUGAAAAAACAAAUGUGUACUCUUAUUUAGAAAGCCAACGCAUGGGAAGAAACACAUACAAGGAGCAGUAUGUUUAUAUUUAUAGGAAAGAUGUACUGCAGGUGCAAGAGCAAGUCUAUUAUCAUGAAUUGAAACAGACAGAAUUCAAUGAUACUGAUGUGUUUCCCAGAGAACCAUUCAUCAUAAAGAUUCACUCACCCACAAGCUUUCUGAAAAGCUUCAUUAUCAUUGGUCAUCACUCAUGUCCUAGGAAAGCCAUGAAUGAGAUGGAAGAGCUUUUUGAAGUCUUUCAAGCUGUUAGAAAAAAGUGGAAAACAGAGAAUGUGAUGAUCCUGGGAGAUCUGAAUGCAGACUGUGGUUAUGUCACCAAUAAAGGCCUGAAGAAGCUCAAACUGAGGAAUGAUCCUAAGUUCCUUUGGUUGAUCACGGAUGAACAGGACACCACUGUUCGUGACAAAACACACUGUGCUUACGACAGGAUAAUUGUACAUGGAAAAACACUGAUUUCUAGGAUUGUACCAGAUUCAGCUCAGCCCUUCAACUUCAAAAGGGAGUUCAGUUUAACAGAACAAGAGGCUUUGGAAGUCAGUGACCAUUAUCCAGUAGAGGUUGACCUAAAGUCAAGUCAUCACCUCCACCUCAGGAAUGAGCUCUGAACAACGACCUGCACUUCUUUUUCAAACUUUAGAUUUUACAAUUUUUCCACUU